UGCUUCCCUUCAGCAGCUGGCCAAAAAACAUCAGAAUUGUUUGGAAAAAAACUUGUCUUGACUUCUUUCCCUGGCAGAAUUGGUAGCAUCCUUAUGACUCAAGAGAAUGUCUCUUAAAAUGCUGGUCCAAACUUCAGCACAUCCAUGAAGGAGAAAGCACACUCACUAAGCCAAUUACACAGAAGAGAUGGUUCUGCUGGUGGCAAUAUCAGAGGUGCUGUUGCUUCUGGGAUUGGCUGUGGAGUCAGAUUCUCUCUGCACACCCACCAUGUUUUACAAGAACUGCUGGAUCCGACGCUUUCCUGGUCUUCUGAUUGACCUGCAGGAAUCACAGAAGAGAGGAGCCCAGGUGCUGAAGAUUUAUGCAGAAGUCUCUUCCCAGCAGUGCAGCAGAACCUGCUGCCUUCAGAGGAAUGUUUCCUGUAAUCUAGCAGUGUUCUACCAUGGAGCUACUAAUGAAAAUAUGAAUUGCUUGCACGUGUCUUGCCCAGCACUGGAAAGUUGCAUACUAAAGGCUAGAAUCAACGUUGUUUUAUACAACAUCACGACAGGGAUGGAUCCAGACCUUCUUAUUUUUGAAAGACUGAAAUUCAAGGGGCCAAGUACUUACACCUCACAGAAUAAAUAUGAAAGGCAAAACAGCACAAAGACCUCUGAAUGGGAAAGAUGCCAGCAUGGUAAUGUUACGUCAAGUUCUCUUCUACUCCAAGCUCCAUCUUCUACCAUCAGCUACAGUAUAACAGGAAACACUUUCACCUCCAGCACAAGCCUGACGGUUGUAAAAACAAAAGGCAGCACAUAUUCCAGGGAAUCAACUUCUCUGCUGGAUAACCAUUUAGCUAAGAGGACAAGCACAACUUCAGGAAGUACUAAACUAUUCACUCGCUCAGACAGAAGGACUGUAUACUCAACUUUGAUACCUAAAUCUGCAGAGGAGUUAUCCCGCAUGCCCACUCCUCGUCUGAACAGCAGCAAACAACACUUAAAUGAAACCAAAGGUUACAGUGGCAGGAAUUAUACUUCUGAUAAUGAAGCUCCUGCUUGGGAAGCUGCAGCUCUGGGUGUCUGGCUGAUUCCUGUUGUUCUCUGCUCUUAUCUCAUCUUCCUUUGCUUUUGUACUGUGGCUCCUGGAGCAGGGUGCUGCAGAAGUAGGAAAGGUCACUACCAACCCAUACAGAGAGGAAGAACAAUGUCUAGACAAAUAAAAUACACUACUGUCCAAGGUAGCUUGUAAAAUACAGUCACUACCCUUGUUGUGGAACAAACAGCCUUUUUUAAAUGAA